UCAAACUGUACACUCGGCAUCGUUCCCGUAGAACCGUGACCACCGGAGCACGUAAAGAUCCACGAAAAAAACGGGGCGCAACAAUCAAACAGAAAUUUGCCCGCCGAUAACGCAAGAAUUAUCGGGACGUUGCCGGUUGUGGCCGAUAAUCCCCGGAAUACGGAAGAGCCUGUUUUGUAAACCAUCGGAAUCGGAACGCACGAAUCGAGGGAAUUACGUGAAUGAACCACAGCAUCCGGUCGCUGCACAUCGCAAUCACAUCCGUGCUUCUACAACAGCACGGCCGCCGUUCAUGGUGUUCCGCCGCGAGAAUCCGACAUGUCCAACCCAAAAACUACACAAUGAACGCCAAGGGAACAUCGGUACCCGCCGGUCCUGAUCAGUGUCACAGAGCGCAACGGCCACCUGUUGCCUAUCAGGACGCUAAUCGUCGAUGGCAACAGAUCAAGAACGAACAGGACAGUUCUUACGAUGAGACAACACCGACCAAGCGGAAGAAGCGUAAAGAAAGUUUCGAGUUUACGCUGAUGAGCUACAACAUUCUGGCGCAGGAUUUGCUCGACGGUCACCUGAUGGAGCUGUACCGCAAUCACGAUCCGAGAUCGCUGCCAUGGCAACAGCGGUUGAAACGGUUGCUCACCGAGAUCCACCACAUCCGACCGGACGUCCUCUGUGUGCAGGAGCUCCAGCAAAACCACAUCAAGCGAUUUGCCAAUGGAUUGGCCGAUUUCCGGUACGAGAUGCUGUACAAGAAGCGUACCGGUGGCGUGAAAACCGAUGGCUGUGCCGUGUUCUUUCGGAGCGAUCUGUUCGAGCUGAUCGACCAUCACGAGGUGGAGUUCUUUCAACCGAAGGUUAACAAACUAAACCGGGACAAUGUGGCCAUCAUCGCGAAGCUGGCAUUAAAGCAUAGCCCACAGACGAGGCUCGUCGUGUCGACGACGCAUCUGCUGUUCAAUCCAUCCCGACAGGAUGUACGAUUGGCCCAGAUACAGGUACUGCUGGCCGAGCUCGAUCGGUUCUCGUACAGUGGCCAAACGGUGAACGGUGUUCCGCAGUACGAUCCCGUGCUGCUCUGUGGUGACUUUAAUCUGCAACCCUUCACCGCCCCGUACCGGCUGAUGAUGAAAGGAUCACUGCGCUACGAUCAACUUGCGUCCCGUACGCUAGAAUGCCAGAACCAAGAGGAGCAGCAUUGCCGUGAGCCUACCGGCAAGCUAUUUCUACCCCGUUGGCUGGGUAUUACCGAUCGCUGCCAGCACGAGGGGCUGAAAGAUCGUGAGACGACUCAUCCGAACAUGGUGCCACCAUCUGACCGGACACGGCUCCAUCACUCCACAAAGUCUACCGAACAACCCGAAGAUCCUGCAGCACAGGCGGCCCAUGAACCACCGAGUGACGAAUUUUCCUCCGGCACGCUUAACCACCAUUUCGUGUUCCACUCGGCGUACCAUCACGGGAAGGAAGCGGAGAUAUCGAACGAGAACAACCCGACCGCCACCACGUUCCAGGAACGUUGGAUCACGGUGGACUAUCUGCUCUACACACCGUUCCGCUCGAUUGCCGAGUGCUGCCCAUCGCUUCCGAACUGGAACCUCGAGCUGCUCGCUACGUACAGUCUGCCAACGGUAGCGCAGUGCCGGCGGUACAUCCGCCACAUCCCGAGCCGUUUCUACGGUUCGGAUCACUUCUCACUAGCCGGCCGCUUUCGGUUAACCACACCGGCUACGGAGCAGAAUGAUCAACAGCGUUAGCCUUGCCUUAUCGGUUGCGGAUGUGUUUUCACUGUUAAUCCAAGCAACCCAGUUGCCCUCCCCAAAGACAUCAAAUGUACGACAAGCAAGAGCGCGGGCUAUAAAAGAUUUCCAAUGAUCCUGACCA